AACUUGUCGUGAAAAGGAAAAAAUCUUUUUAUGAACAGUGAGCCAAAACGGUUUCGUUAGUCUUUUGAAGCCAGUUUUCUCUGCAUCUUACGAAAGUGAAGGUGUUUUGAGAUGUAUCUGCCUGCAGGAGCGGAGGAUUCCGACUCAGACGAUGACGGCUUUUAUAUGGGCACUGUUCACAACACGAACAGUAAUUUCGGCGUUACAAAUGGUGACAUAAACAGGAAAGAUCAUACACAAAACAACUUCCCUAUGAUUCCUGCAGGCGAAGAAUUUGACAAUGAAGACGGUGACGAGCUUGACUUUAAUACUUUUCAGGCGAGGUCAAUGAAAACGACGCCAGCCAAAAUUAAUAAGACAUCAAUUACAAAUAACGACAGUCAACAAAAUGAGAUUAGUUUAAACUCAAUGUCUGACAGAUCUGGAGUAGGCAGAGGUCGAGGGCACCUGUUACAGAGAGGGAGAGGACGUGGGGGAUUUUCAAGGCCAUGUUUGUUAGCUAACCGCAAAGGAAAAUCAUCAAGAAGGUUUAUAAACUGUCAUAGAUAUUUCUAAGAGUUCCUCCUCCCUUGUUAUGUUUGUUGUUAACACUUCAGUCCUCUUAAGAGUGAUAGAUCAUAUGAUAUAAAGGAAAUGGUCACCAACUAAAGAAGCUCUUGAAUUUAAACAAAUUCUCCUUGUCAGCACCAAAAGGAAAGUUUAGAGAACAGUUUGGAGAAUAUGAAGUAUCAUAGAUUACCUGGAAAUUGGCAUGAGCCUCUACCAACACCCAUGGUAAAAUUGGGGCUAAUUUGCCUAUUCUUUUGAUAUUUUGAGGCAGUACGUGUUAUUGUUGUUUCUUUCCACUGAAAAUUUUUGUUUUUAAGAUUAAUUUGGUCUUAUUUUUUGGAGUACUUACAUGAAACUGUCCACUGGCCUUCAAUCUUUCUGAUGUGCAUUUCUUGAGGAGAUUUGUGUUGUUUUGGUGUGAAUAUGUGACCUUCUCUGCAACUAUUGCUUGUACAAUUAUCCCCCCUACUCCCCCUGGGAAGGUUAACCUAUAGCAAGCAAACAGGUUAGUGGAAGACCAAUGGUAAAAUCACCCAUACUUGACAAUAUUUUCGAAGAAAUCUGCUUUGGAGUGACUUUCUUCUUCUUUAAGAGUGACCAUGGGGAGUUUUGGCUAUAGCUUAUAAUUCUAAUCAAAAGUCUCUACUUUUUUAGGAGGAAUUUCUCAUCAAACAAUCUAAAAGAAGCAGAGGCUAAGAAAGCUGCUGCCUUGUUAGCUGUGGAGGAUUUGCGAGUAGCAGUUGUGAGAGGAAAUGCUGCUGCUGUUCAAAAAUAUCUGGACGAUGGUGAGAUGCAGUUAUGGCUUAUUUCUGUGAUGGUUGUAAAAAAUAUCUCUUCCCUUUGAUCAUAUCCAUCCUAGAUACUCUUCUGCAGCUCUUGAAGUGAAAUGGCUUUGUUUGUUUGUUUUUUUUCUGAAAAUAGGAAUCGAUGUAGAUGUUCAGCUUAAAUCAGGAUGGACUCCAUUGAUGCUAGCUGCUAGUUUAGCCUUGCCAGAUAUGGUGGAACUUCUUGCCAAUAAAGGGGCUAAUGUAAACUUCCAGAAAGGUAAUAACUGUUUGGUUGGAGAAAGUUAACCCUUUACACUCUAACAUUGAUAUCUAUAUUCUCUAUACUGUUCUGUAUACAUUUCUUAAAGUUGUGACAAGGAGAAUUUGUUUAACAAUCACAAGCGUCUUUACUUGAUGAUCAUUUCCUUUAUUCCCAUGACCUGAAUAUGUGAAUCAGAGUUGAUCUUGUAAGGAGAAAUCAGAUGCUUGUCACUCUUAGGGUUAAAGGCUUUAGAUGAUGGAAUCAUUUGCCAGUCCAAGCUAGUAUGCAUUGAACAUGUGGUACACAUAUUGCUGAUCUGUAAUGGAUUCUCCUGGUCAGCACCUUAGGAAAUGUAUAGAGAACAGUAUGGAGAAUAUGCAUAAUGAUGUUAGGUUGAAAAGGGUAUUAACAUUUUCCUUUCAUGCUUGUAUUCAGAGAUGUAAAUUUAAGUCAAAUAAAUGUAAAAGCCCUGUCUAACAAGACAAUUACCCGAAUUCUUAAGGAUAAGAUUUUCUAAUUUUUAAGCGAGAGUAUGCUUUUCUUAUGCAUGAUAGCCUGAAAAACAAUUUUGUUAUUAGUGGAACUCGAAGAGCAUGCUUGUUAAACCCCAUGGGUUUCAUGGUUGAUGUCAAUGUUUUUAUCCAACAUUAGUUUUGGAGAAAUGUUUGUAAUGUUAUAGGAAAUAUCGUAGAACGUUUCAUAAUGUAAAAAUGUGACCAGCGAAGCUUUAUUUCAGUCAGUUGUAGCUUUGAUCACAGAGAGAAAUCUUAUUAGGAUCGUGUUUUAUCAAGAUUUGGUAACCGCCGAAUUCACAGCAGUAUUUGGUGGAGGGCCUCCUUCAAAUUCCAUCCAUCAACUUUUUAGUCAAACUCACGUGAGCACGGUUCCCUUAUGGCAGCCACCGUCAUCAUCACCAUUCCCCACUAUCACAAAUCUAGCUCACAAUGGAAUAACUGUCCAGAAGCCCUUCCCAAAUAUCGUAGUUGACUACGUAGACCCAGCAGAGCUUGAUCCUCGAUUCCAUUUUGAUUUCUAGAACGUCAUAUUUCCUGAUUGGAACUGCUUUAGAGGGAUCUAUUACUAAUCUUACCAACGACCGCACGGUUGGUACAGAAUAGCUUUAAACGUUCUCGAAAGAUACCAGGACUGCAACAUUUGGCUCGGUCUUAACGGUCUGCGUAAUACACCAGCCAAAGGAGAAUGGCCCGUCUCGUAUCGAGUUCGUUUGCAACAUCACACGAGAAGGUUUAAGGCCCGGCCCAAGUGCAAGGUUUGGCAUCGGCAUCAACAGCAGCCCUGUUAUUUAAAUGAUUGAACGGAUAGGUUAUGCAAAGGCUUUUAAACAUAAUGGUAAAAGUUUACAAAGUUGCGCUACGAAAUCGUGUCGAUCCUGAUCACCUCCAGAUUAUCCCAGCUGUAUUUACAGGUACUGGAGCUGACAACUGGCUGUCACAAUCUGGAGGCAUACGUCCUUAUGGUGUGCUCAUCAAAUAAGUUGCAAUUGGACGCUAAUUCUUGGAACACAACAGCGACACCGAUGAAUAAGGGAGAAACAUAAUAUUUAUAAUCGCACGAUAAAAUUUCCUUGACACAAAAUUUGCAACUCUCACGCAUUCCUGUUAGCAUGAAUACGAUAUUCAGCCUCAUACAUAUGCGGAACGUUCCUGAGUUAAAGGAUAAUGGUAAACACAUUCUGGCUCGCAAAUCAAACGAAUAUUGUCAAACGAAAUCAUUGACCAUGACAAAGGACCAGCAUGAGUCGCGUCCGCUUCCUCAACAAGCAAACUAACAAAUCACACGUGUGAAAUACAAAGUGUGAGAGCCUAAGAGAUUAACCAGAGUUACACAGAAUGAAAUAAGCUUGGAUGUAAGUGGAAUUGUGUAAUGGAGAACCGAGUGAUUAAAGAAAAGCAGAAAAAGACAGUUUGAGAGUCUUAAUGCCUUUCGCCGGGCGUGGUGUGCUCGAUAGCUAGUUUCCCCUCCCUCCCCCGUUAUAGUUUGACAUACUUGGUGGAGGAUUGAGUCGUAACACAGUAAUAGGGAC